UUUCCCCUCUCCCUCUAAAUUCUCUCUCUCCCUUGUCUCCCUUCUCAGUCUCUCUCUCUCUUUUUCUUUGUUUUGUAUCUGAUCGCUUCUCGGAUUUUCUCGGUGACAUUUCUCACCUACCAAGCAGCUUCCUAAGGAUUUUCUUCACCCUCGGGACGUAAUCUCCAACGAUCGUUGUGAUUUCCAUUUCCUUUUGGCUACCGAUCUCUUCUAAUAUGUCACUGUUCUACUGCUACGCGAUUGGACCACUGCACUUAACCAUUUCAUAUGUGUAAAUUCUAUAUCAAUGUAUAUUCACACGUUCUUGCGAGUGGGAGAAUUCACAGCGCUUUAAGUUCCAUUUUUCUCUGCCUUAAAAUGGUUUUUGUGUAAUGAGGUAAUCCCAAUUUCUGUUUUGCUCUGUUAGGUGGCAUCGAAAAUCUGUGAUGGGGCUAGCAAUGAAGGAGGAUCAGGAAUCUCUAAUCAAUGAUGGUUUUCCCGUCUCUGUGGAUGGCAAUUGCAAAAUCUAACCUCUCUAAUUCCAUGGAUCUUAUGAAGCAAGAUGGAAAUGAUUCUCUAGAUAUGCUCAUCAGGCAGGCAGUUGGAAAGGAGCCCUUUCUUUCCUUCCCAAGGCCUGAAAAUAAUCCAGUCCAGUUGUUCCAACUUCUCCAUGCCUUUGAUCAGCCAGGUUAGCCAUUGCUUACCCCUUUGAAGGUAAAAAUGUAGAAGUGUGAUAAGUGCUCGAGGGAAUUUUGUUCACCUGUUAACUACAGAAGCAACCGCUUGCAUCGGCGUACAAGAAAGACUGACAAGGAUUCUGGCAAAGAUAGGGACAUCCUGGGAGCCUUCUGGGAUGAGCUCUCAAUAGAUGAGGUGAAGGAGAUUCUCUCAUUGAAGGGAGUGAUGAUGGAGGAAGUAUCUGGGUCAUCUGUUGAGACAGCAUUAAUGACACUUACCCAAAAACCAGGAUUCACUGCCACGCCACAAUAUUAUCUGACCUUUUGGGUAUUUAUUAUCCAGCUUGCUGACAAAGAUGCAGAAGCAUUGCGGUGCCAGAAAUUACUGGUUGAAGAGGAAGAAGCCGCUCAAAGAAGACAAACUGAGGUCUUGGAGAGGAGGAGGAGGAGGAAGCUCAGGCAAAGAGAACAGGACUCCAAGGAAAGUGGGAGCACUUCAUCAGAGGAACGACAAGAUCCAGAUUGUCUGUGGAUUCUGAUACUGAGGCGAUGCUAUUCUGAGAGGAUUCUUCGGAAGCAAACGGUGGUGCAAAGACUGCGAGCAACCAAUCCGUGGAGGACUUCGACUGAGGUAAACUAUGUUCCUAAACGGAGGGUCUUCGACUGAAAAUUGUUUUAGAGACUUUUUGAGAGAUUUUCACUAAUCUUUUCCAAGUGAAAAUUGUUUUUUUGUUGGUUU